CAAUCUCGUGCUCCUUACAGUUCAGUCUCUCGUUGGGUCUCUUACAUAUUAGUAGUGUAAUCUCAAUUGCGCCCCAUUUAGACUUAUUUCAUUGUGACGAGAUGAAUUUCAGUGCAGUGGACAGUUUACUGCCCAUUGGAACUGGGCAAUUCCAGGUGUUGGAUUAUGUUGUCUUUAUCGCAAUGUUGGCCAUUUCAAUGGCUGUUGGAAUCUAUUUUGGAUUCUUUGGGAAUAAUAACUCAACGGAGGAAUACCUUCUUGGUGGUCGACGUAUGAAGACAAUUCCAAUUGCAAUUUCCCUUAUUGCGAGUCAAAUUUCCGGAGCAACUAUCCUAGCAAUACCAGCGGAGAUGUACGGAUAUGGGACACAAUAUGCCAUUAUGGUACCAUUCAUGAUCUUCACGGUGUUUGUGAUAAAUUACAUUUUCGUCCCAGUUUUCUACAAGAACAACAUCUACAAUUGCUACGAAUACCUCGAGAUGAGAUUCAGUCGAAGAAUUCGCAAUAUUAUCACGAUUUCAUUCAUCGCAAGCGCCUAUGUUUUGUUACCAAUCAUACUCUUCAUUCCCGCCAUUGCACUGGCUCAAGUAACUGGAAUGAAUGUACACCUGAUUAACACCAUUGCCUGCUCUGUCUGUGUCAUCUACACAAUGCUGGGUGGGAUAAAAGCUGUCGUGUGGACUGACGUGAUUCAGGGAUCAAUAAUGGUGGGUGCAUCUCUCGUGAUUUUAAUCUGUGGCAUUCGUGAGGUCGGAAGUGCCUCCGAGGUUAUCGACCGUGCCAUCGAUGGCGGGAGAAUUGAAUUCUUCAACAUGGAUUUCGAUCUUACGGUUCGUAAUACUUUUCCAAACAUGGUCUUAUGUGGAAUCGUUAUUUGGACGUGCUACCUUGGUCUCAAUCAGAGUUGCGUGCAGCGUAUUGUAGCCCUUAAAACACUAAAACACGCUCAAAAUUCCCUUUGGAUCUUCUGCAUUGGGUACUACAUAAUUUUUGCCAUUAAUUGCUUCAUUGGAGUAACAAUAUUUGCACGAUAUCACGCAUGUGAUCCACUCCAGCUUGGUAUUGUGGAUAAACUGGACAAAAUGGUACCAUAUUUCGUGCAAGAUAUUGUUGGGAAAUUACCAGGGAUGACUGGAGUCUUCAUAUCCUGUGUCUUCAGCGCUGGAUUGAGUACAAUAUCUGCCAAUUUUAAUUCCCUCUCAGGUGUGAUCUAUCAGGAUUAUAUGCAGAAUAUUCGAGGCUUUAAACAUACUGAACAAAAAGCUAAUUUCUGGAUGAAGACCAUUGUUAUCCUAUCGGGGGUAUUUUGUGUAUCAUGCGGUGUAAUAGUUAAUCAAUUUAGCAGCAUACUCGAAAUGAUGAUGACCGUUCCAACAGUCUGUUAUGGAGCCACCCUAGGGGUGUACUGCCUCGGAAUGCUUCUCCCUUGGUCCAAUGAGAAGGGGGCUCUUUGGGGAAUAACAACAAGCAUAGUUUUCACAAGUUACUUAGCUGUGAGAUCGAAAAUUGCUAUUCUAACCGGGGAAAUGUCCUACCCUCUACUUCCAAGCAGAAUAGAUGGAUGUGAUGAAUUUGGAAUUAAUAUCACGGAUUCAUCAUUUUCUUCACUUUCUCUAAAUGCAACAACAUCCCCUCCCGAGGAAGAUGAUUCAUUUGCCCUGCAUAAAAUAGCUUUUGCCUGGUUUUCCAUAUUUGGCUUCGUGAUUACAGUUUCAGUAGGAAUUUUAGUGAGCUUUCUCACAGGACCAAAUGACGUGCACAAGACUGAAAGGAGACUCAUUUCACCAGUUGCCCACUGGCUACUUCCGGAGGAUAUUCAAGAAAAGGAAGCAGCCCUAAGUAUCAAUACCGCAGUAAUCAAUAAGGAUGGAAGUGAAAUGAAAGAGUCAACAUGGGUGUGGGAGUCAAAAGAAGGAAACUCUAUAGCCAAAUAAAUUCUCGUGAUAUUUAUAAGAUUUAAAAAAUAUCCUAAGAUUUUCAAAAUAAUUAUUUUGUCUCAUAAAUUCUUGCCUCAAUUUUUGCAUUAAAGUUUGACUUAAUAAAUUAAUUAAUAUUAUUAUGAGAUGAAUUAAUGAAAAAUUAUAGAUAACAAUUUUUUAAUUCAAAAUUAUCCUCAUUUAUACAACUUCAUGACUGUUGUCACCACGUUAUACCUACACCUAAUUAAAGGCUUGUAUUUAGUUUAAAAGGCACACUUGAAAAAGAAGCUCAACUGGAAUUCACUCAAUUUACGAUAGUAUUGUUUAGUUAAAAAAUCUACCUUAUCUGUGCUCUUCAAUAAAUCUCUCCAACCAAAAAAUCUUCCUGAUAUAGUGGAUAGAAUGGGUGGCUCGGAGCUUCUGGCAAUUCAGUCUCUUACCAGCUCUCCUGAGUAGUGAAAGUAAAAGUGACUCCUCCAUCCUGUGCUCGAUUUAUCUGAAUUGCGAUGAAUUUCAGUGCAGUGGAUAGUUUACUGCCCAUUGGAACUGGGCAAUUCCAAUCCUUGGAUUAUGUUGUCUUUAUCGCAAUGUUGGCCAUUUCAAUGGCAGUUGGAAUCUAUUUUGGAUUCUUUGGGAAUAAUAAUUCCACGGAGGAAUACCUUCUUGGUGGUCGACGUAUGAAGACAAUUCCAAUUGCAAUUUCCCUUAUUGCGAGGUAAAAGUGGUGAAAAAUCAAUCAUGCAGAGAAUUUGAACCAAACCGUUCUUUUGAAUGAUUUUUUUAAUGUAAUUUCUAUGUGGAAAAUCCUUGGAAAAAUCACUGUUUCUAUUUGGGAAUGGUGUUAAUUGUUCCUCAGUGACAGAAAGAGAAUAACUGAUAAGAAGAUUUAAAAAUUCUACAAAUUAAGAUAAAAUAGUCAACAACAAUGAUUACAAGAAAAUUUAUAUUUAGAAACAAAAAAAAUACAAAAUGUAUGAAAAAUUACAUUUGAAGUAGCCAUUAGUAGAACUUCUUCUUUAUUGAAUCACUUCAAUCAAUUACAAAUUAUUUAACACCACGUAUUAUGGAACGGAAGUACAUAAUUUAUAAGUAAAAAUCACAAAGAAAUAAAAAUUGAAAUAUUUUUAAAUUCUAAUAAAUGAAAAUGUUCAAAACGUUAAAAGCAAAAGGCUACAUCAUAAUAAGCAAUAUUUGUAUGAAUUAAUUACAAAAUAUGGUCUGUAAACUGAAAUUAAAGACUCAUAUUGUUGCUUAGAUGCGGCAUAUUUAAGAAAUUUGAGGAGCAACUCAUAUCUUUCUAUCUAAUAAACACAAGAAGACGUUGA